AAACUGAAGGAAACAAGAACAGUUUCAAGAUUCAUGAUCACAAGAAAGUGAAUCCUUUUCAAUCUUGAUAAAUACGUCGUAGAUAUGUUGCGAUAGCGUAGUGUUUUCCGGUAUUCAGAGAGUUUUGACUAGCUGAUCAAAGUGCAGUUAUAUUAAGGAGUAUACCAGUGAUGAUUGAUGUGAAGUUAGUCGUCCUAUGUUUACUGGUCGCAUUGGUCUUGGUACGCGAUGUCAAUGGAAAGAUAUUUGGUGGGAGAAUUCAUGGUGCAGGCCGGGUAAUGGGAAGGCCAAUGAAGGGAGGCUUUCCUCAUGGUAUCAAGACUAAAUCAGGUCUUAGGAAACUGUACAACAGUAAAGUAGUAAAAGUAAAACAUGUUCAGCGUCCAUUGUUUGGAGGUAGGCUUGGUAAGUUUGCUGCAAAGUAUACACCUCUAAAACACACAGGAGUUGUGGUCACCACAAGAAAAGGUAAAAACUUCCUCAUCCAUAAAGGGUUUGGAUAUGGCAAAUCGUCCMAGACUGUGGUUGUGAAUGGGAAACACAUGAGUAACAAAUGGAAGGGGACUGGUUCCAAGAAGGUCAACGGUGUUCGUAUCAAGGAUUACGUCAAAGCUGGCGGAAAGAACUAUCGUUUGUUUCGUAACAAUUGCCAGCACGCGUCCUGUAGAAUGUUUAAACUAAAAGGCUAAUAUUCUCAUAAGAGAGUGGUUGACUGAAAGGCUAAUAGUCUUUAAUUAACGAGUGAAGAACGGUUUUUGAAAUAAAAUAAAAGAGUUUAUUGCAGUU